AUGACGACAUUGGUUUUCGAAAUGGAAAUGACGUGUGAGGGAUGUGCAAAUGCGGCGCGGAAAGUUCUCGGAAAAUUGGGAGAUAAAGUUCACGUGGAAAACAUUGAUGUGAAGACGAAAUUGAUCACGCUAAAAUCGAGUAUCCCGGCCACAGAAGUGCAAGAAGCUUUGGAGAAAACCGGCAAAAAGAUCACACUCAUUAGUGCG